AUGUUAUGUUUGGAUAAAGAGGAUGAGAUAAAAUUUUCCAAAAAAGUCUACGCGCCGCGAAAUAAGCAGGAGGGAAACAAACCCCCCAUUAGUGGGGGUGGAGCAGACGACAGGGAGCACCUCCGCAAUGGCCAAAAUGGGCAAAAUGGCCCAAGUGAUCCCAGCCGUCUGAGUGGCCAAAAUAACAAGCCACUUGCCGGGCACACCCCGAGGAGCAACACCGAUGAAACAUUCACUGAUGAAGUAAUUUACAUAAACACCAGCUCAUGCAAUUCCUUCAUCUUCAUAAUCACAAAAAUUUGCUUCUACGUGUUUGACAAUUACGACUUUUCCUUCGUAACUUUAUACGCUUUAAAACAGGAGAAUGUUGGAAAGUACGGGCACCACAACAAGGUGGUCUUAUCGCCCAUUGACAACACUAUAUAUAUAGUCAGCACAAAUUUGAAAUAUGUCUAUGCGUAUAAUAUAUCGAACAAGAAGGACGUUGUUAUGCUGGAUUAUGAAAAAAAUGCACACUCGAUAAAUAUUUUGGAAUAUUCUGACGAUGACUCCAGUGAAAAUGAAAAUGAAUAUUAUGCUUAUAUCACCUAUAUUAAAAAAAAGUAUAGGAAAAAAAAAAUACAUAAAAAUGUGUGUAUAAAAUUGUUGACCGUUCUGUAUCUUCCUAUUCCCUCCAAUUGUCUGAUGAUAACGAAAAAUAACAUUUUAUUUUUUUCUUACAACACGGAUGAAAUAUUUAUUUCGGAAAAUGUGAAAUCUGUCUUGGCUGCCACGUCGAGUCAGACCAGGGCGGAGCCUCGAAGAAGCGUCAUUCCCAGGGAGGGGAAAAAUGACGCACAUGACAAGAAAUUGCUUUCAACCCGAAAUGGGGGCGACAUGAACAGUAGUGUUAACAAGGUUGUUAUUAACACGCAGAUUGUAAGCCUUAAGGGAAUUUAUUUUAGGAUAAAACCAAGAGGAGGCAAAAGAUUGGCAGGAACAACUAAAGAGGAGAGUAAUCAAAUAUGCAGAGGGAACCAAGCCUGUGCAGAUACCAAGCACAUUUUGAGUCUACUCCAACGAAUCAGUGAAAAACAAAAAUUGGGAAAAAAAACUGGUCGUGUAUAUUAUUCCCCCAAAAAAGGGUGGAAAGUUCGGGUCCGCGUGGGGAAAUUUCCCGCCCUUCAACAUGUGGAGGCGUACUGCGAUCAGCUGACACGCGGCUUGCUUCAAUGGAGCGGGCCUGACACGGCAAAACGGAAGAGGGAAAAAAGAAAUAGCAACAAUAAUGUCAAUCGGAACAACAAUGUCAAUCGGAACAAUAAUGUAAACCGAAGUGGUGAUAGCAGUACGACUAGGACGAAGCGCCAACCUGGCUGGAAGAUCUGCAGACCCACCUACCUGCACAGCACCAACCGAGAAAACAACCUGUACAAAUUCAUAAAGAGCAAAAAAGUCGGCAUAAUAAAUAAGCACAUGGGAAGAAUCGCCAAAGAAGGAAUGGUGAAGGUAGAAUUUAGCGAGCACAACGAUUAUGUUUUGCUACUAAGUCGAGAGGGAGAUUUUUACAUUUUCUCCUUUUUUCACCAUUUUUUUAAUGUUCCAAAAAGUGAGUCUUGCUACCAUUCUGGGAGGAAAGUCCACGAGGAUCACUCCACGGGGGAAAGUGUGGCAAGCAGGGAUGGUCCAAAAGUGCAAAAAAGAAAAACGCAGCAUGGGAGGGAGCAAAGAAGUAGUCCUAACCAAUCCAACGAUAACGAUGUAAGGAAGAGAAAACAAAAACCGGUCAUUGGCAUUUACGUGGGGUCUUCCAUAAUGGAUGUAAGUAUGAAUAUUUACAGAAAAAUGAUCCUAGUGAUAACGCAAAAUUUGAUCAUAAAAGCGUAUAGGACUUAUCCAUACGUGUGCAAACAUACCUUCCAAAAGAGCAUAUUUACAAUAGACACAUUUAAUGCGUGCAGCAAUCCACUCCAUUACUACAACUUCCUCCUGUGGAACAAGCAACAUAAUUUUUUUCUCAUUUCGGUAAAUCAAAACAGUUAUUACAUUUUUAACACGAAUGGAACUUUGUACUAUUCGAUGAAGCAGGACGCUACCACUUAUGAUGUGUCAAGCGAAAAUGUAAACUACCUAGAAGGUAAUCAUCAGGAUGGUUCACCUCCACCUGGGGUAGACUCUCCAGAUGGUGUUCCCCCCAAGGGAAGCACAAAAUAUAAGACCUCAUUCUUCAGCAAUGGAUUAGCCAUGCAAAAAAAUAAUAGUAUAAAACAGGCACAUGUAAAUAUAUCCUUCGUCUUCAAUGAUUUCAAACUAUUUCACGCUAACUGGACAGACGAACGGCAUCACUACAUCAAGGUGAAAAAUAUUUUGUACCUAAAUGACAUAUAUAGUAACAGCAAAACAUUUCACUAUAAUAGUAAUUACUACACAAAUGAGAAAAGUCAAAAGGUAUACAUUGGUUUAAAUAACAUCGUAAUGUUUGAUACGAACAUCAAUAACCUUAGUUUGUGUAAUAACCAGAAGAAUGUGCUGAACGUAAAGGAAAUUAUAACUCCUUUUAAGUACGUGAAGAAAUGCUACUCAAAUUUUAGCAACACAUAUAUGCUCAUUAUUUUUAAGUCCAUCUGCAUUUAUAGCUUUCGAAAAAAAGCCUUUUCAUAUUUUCUUGAUGAUUAUCUCAAGUUUUUUUUUCACAACUAUCCUGCGGGAUGGCUAUUUGAUGAUAUUUUUUUUGUCACAUGUUUGCACAAUAAGUAUGAUGAGAAUAAUUUUCGGCACUUCAAGAGGAAGGACGACUUGGGCGCAGGGAGGGGCGGUAUAUUUUUUACAAGGGCAAUGACUGGCGAGGGGAACAUGAGCAUAAGCUUCGAGUUGUUCAGCAUGGACUACGGGACUGCAGAAGUGCGAACCACGUUCGAUGGGGGGGGAGAAGCAGGUGGACAAGAAGGUGCACAUGGAGAGGAAGAAUCAAAUGAGGAGGAAGAAGCAGAUGAAGAGGAAGAAGCAGAUGAAGAGGAAGAAGCAGAUGAAGAGAGCGAAUCGAUCGAGUCGCUCGAAUCGGAUAGAUCAUCUAGAUCGUCCAAAUCGAACGCAGAGGAAGCCCCGUCUAUUGAAAAUCCCCCGAGGGGCAAAGACCUCCGCGAAAAGACACAGAUGCCCAAUGCCAACGGAGACCACCGCACUGUGGAGGAAUCCAAGUUGCUAAACUACCUCUUCAACAUCAACCAUAACGAAUCGGACAUGUACUACAAAUACUUUGAGGAGUAUUUUAACACCAACAAGGGGAACAUAUACACGAAGCCGUUCUCCCUUUUUUACAAUAAUUUCUUCCUGAAGGAAGAUGAAAACGCGUUUUUAGAAGCUUAUCUGAUGGAAAAACGAAGGGGCGAGGUAACCCUUUCGGGGGACAACCACCCUCAUGAUGUUGAAAAAGGGCUAAGUGGGGAACAAAACCCACUCCAUGCUGCAGAACCAUACGUUGAUGAAGAAACGAACCUUGCACAUAACUACUACAUCGAGUUGCAAAGGAAAUUGAAUGCUUACGCAGAAUCGAACGAAAAGGUUGGUAGCGCGAAAGACGGGGAAGAUAUUACCGAUGGGAAAGAGCACCGCAGCAGUGAAGACCAAAACGGGGAGAGCAGUUUUUCAUACGAAAGUAGCUCUUCCUUACAGAGUGAUGCAAGUGUGCGUGAGGACCUCAUCGCAAGAAGUAAUUUUAAAAAAAAAAAUGUCAAAGAGACAUACGACGCUAAUGUGAAAACGAAUCAAAAAAAAAAAAACGAGCAGGAGUACAUAACAAAACUGACACGCUCAUAUGAAGAAAUUAUUAGCAAAAAUAAUUUCUAUUAUAUCAUAUACCUUUAUAACAUAAAUAAUGCCCUGCGGUUCAGCAACUACACGUUGUCCAUAAAGCUGUUGUAUAGGCCUAUAUUGACCCACGUUUAUCACGACAAAAGUAGCGUAAUCGAUGAGAACGACGGAGAUAGAAUAGGGGAGACGAACAAACAGUCCAGCGAGUCAACCUCAGAAAAUACCUCCCGAAUGGACCACACAAUCAGCGAAACCUUUUUAAUAGUGCUGGACGCAUUUUACAAUUUAUUCUGCUUUAAAAUUAGUAAAGUAAAAGGUAAAGAUACAGAAAAGCAGGAAUAUUUUCUAAAAUCGGAGAACAUUUUUAUUUUGCCUCUAAAUAGGGACAACAGAUUUACCGAGCCAAGGUGCUUCUACACACUCUUCGACAUAUACCACUAUGUGUUUCUUAAUUAUGACAAUUCUGUUCACUUUCUGCAUAUUUAUGUAGACAGGAACAAUUGUUACGAUUUUGAAUUUACUCAAACGUUUAGCACCAGGGUAGAUUACCUUGAAGUUGUAAAGGGGCAGAACUACAUGAAUUACUACGCCCUGCCGGGGCCAAUAAAAUAUAUGUGGCCCCCGCCAAGCUAUCACACCUAUUUGUUGUACUACUACGUGGUUUACCUAUUAUAUGGCAUUAAUGGAGCGUGCAAGGAGAAGCGUCAAAAUUUUACAAAUGGACUUUCUGCAAACGCGAAGGGGGAAACGGUGAAUGGUGAGGGGAAAAUAAAUGCAGACAAGAAGACGCAGAAUAAGGGAAAUAUCCCAAUGGGGGGAUCAUUAAACGGGGCAGCAGAACCAUCUGCCGGAAGUGCUAACCAUUUGGACGAAUUGGAAAAGUGCCAACCAUGCGAAUGUUCAGUCGAGGCAUCCUCUUUUGACUUCUUCACACUGAACCCAUCGGAGGGGAACCAACCAAGCGAGAAGAGCAAAUUAUUUGAAAGCAUUUUCAAGGAUAAGCUAAAUAAACACUCAGCAAAUUAUAAAAGCCUCGUUCGAUUGAAGAAAAAAAUGAAUUGUGUAGACUUGAACCGAUGGGAAGGAUCCAAAAAGGAAGCGCUUUUUCACCUCACAAAUUUUAAGCACCUUAUAAAUAGUGCCCCUUUAUGUGAUACGCUCAUUCUGCAGGGUAACAAAGCGAACGAACAGUAUGUGGAGAGGGACGCUCAGUUGGGAAAAGCUAGAAAAGCGUGCCAAGUGCAUUCCACAUGGAAGGGGCAUAGCGCCUUAAUGAAAAAUUUUAUCAUUUCAGCAGUUCCUCAUAUAGAACAACAUAGAAACAAAAUUGCAAAUAAACUCAACAGGACGGUGCUCAAGUACAGCUUCUAUUCCAUUAUUGAAGAGCUCGAGAAUAAGGAAAAAUCUUGCUAUGUCUACCUGAGUAGCAACAACAAGAUGAGCGUAAUAAGUGUCAGCAAGUGCCCCAACCAGUUUUGCCUCCAAAAGGAAUUAAAAAAUGUUGCCCUCUUUGGCAGCUACAGGUAUGUAAAUUGCCCGCUAGUGAUUUAUCGACAUGUAGGGUUGUCCCGUUUUGCAGAUGACUACAAUUCGCACCUGCAUCACACGGUGCACCACAUGGGAUUGUGCAUACACAUCGUGUGCAGCCAAAUAUGGAAGAGGGAAAAAAAAAUGACGUUACCUAUAAAAGGGGAGACAAACACAUCAGGAACGGCAGGACAGGAGAAGUCGAAAAAAAAUGCAAGAAAAAAACGAAACACAAAUAAUGCAAAUUCCUUUCCAUCCCCGUCUUCCUACGACAUAAUAAGCUUCAAAAUAAACAGCUACAUUAACACAAUUUUAUUUAAAUAUUUCAAACUGUACAGUGACGUAUACUCUUACAAAAAUGGAAAGUAUCAACCGGUGUAUGACUCAAAAUGGAGAAAAAAAAAACUCCGCCGAAUUAUCAUUAACAUUAUAACGAAAUACGUCACAUGGAAUAUCUUCGCUACGAACAUUUUGGAAAUCGUUUUGUAUAAGUCGCUUAAAAAACUGAAUGACCUCUACGUUGCGUCUUAUAAAAUUAUUUACAACUAUGUUAUGAGGUUGAGUAAUUCUCCCUACUAUGAUAUCUUUACACGAAAUGGAAGGGAUGAUACCAUUUUGAAUAUAUCUGCCGCGGUUUUGUACUCCCUCUUUUUGUCCAAGCGGUACAGAGAGAGCUCAACCAGCAGGUUAGAGGAUGCCCUGUUUGGGCGAAUAUUUCGUGUGAAGGAUACCCAUCUGGGUGAAGAACCUUAUUUGCGAGAAUAUAGGACAGCAACGGAGGGGACGAAGUGGAAACAUGGAGAGGAGGAAAAAUCGAACAAAAAAUUAAAGGAAAAAUUCAUUUUGUUUCUGGACGAAAUGGGCGCAAGUAUCUCAUCCAGCGACGCGCCCAAAAUUGGCCUCCUCAAGGAAGGUGUAAAAGAUGAGCGUGUUUACUGGGCAGUUCUGCAUUUGUUGAGGCUGAAAGGGGGGGGAGAAACGUCUAGAGGAGCAGACAAAGUUGCUGCCCACGAAUUGUGUAACAACGCAAUGGAUGGGCGAAUUCCCCCAUUCGACGUGCACACUGAUUACGCAUAUAAAAUAAACUGCAACGUAUAUUAUGCUGGCCUAUACCUGCUGUGUGUGCUGAAGAGGAGGCACGUCUUCCACCUCAUGGUUCUCCUAAAAAUGUUGCGAAAGUUUUGCAAAUUUCACAUCGCAGAGGUUGUUAUCAACAUUAUAAGAAAGAUGGAUCCCUACGUCAGCGCUAUUCUGAUGUAUUCCCUUGGCAAUUAUAUGCCUCACGAUUUCAUGCAACUUUGCUUACCCAACCAGAGGUACAAUGUCUGCUCCCUAUUCAUCAUUAAUAUACAGAACUAUCUGGGGAUAUACAACGUUCGGAAAUUUUAUUGCAUGUACUUUCUCUGUAUGAGUCUCAGAAAUAAUAUUAAGUAUGCAGAAGGCCUGAUCAAUUUCAUGUCCAUACUUUUUUAUACUCUCUUUCAAAAUAAGGGGAGAGACUACCUAUUUCAUUGUAACUAUUUCGGACUGGAGGAAACAACAAAAAGGAGAAUCAUGGAAAACGCCUUAACAGGAACGAACAGCAGUUGUGCCAACCAUGACAAUUUCUUCUUCCUCCUAUUCUGUGCAAAUGCUUUUAAUAACAUCAAAUUGGGGAAAGCAGAUGGGGUGAGUUUGUUCCAAUUUCUGCUUGGAAAUGCCCACAACGGUGACGCUAUGCUGAGCAGAAAUCACGCCGCAGAGAAUGGCAGCAAUAACCAGAAUAAUCACUACGUAUACGAUGAAGAGUCUCUACACACAGAGGGAAGAAAUAAACUUUCCCUGAAAAUCAAAACCUUCUCUUUCAAGAAGUUACAAAUGAAUAAAAUUGUGUGCGAGUUUUUUUACAACCAGGAUGUGAUAUCCUUUUUGUUAAACAAUAUCGAUUCGUUCGCUAAGCUGCACACGUGUAAUUUGACCGUCUUGGGGUGCACCCCCAAUCAGGGGAUACUUCGUUCUUCGCCUCCAGAGGACGAACAAAGUGUGGACCUCGCAGAAGUGAAAAAUAUCUACAUCAGAUUUAUACUGCUGGUUCAGAACAUCGUGUGUUACUACAUUUACAACAUGCUGUGGUUUGAACUGUACUACUUUGUGACGGGCUUAAAGGUGGACGUUCUGUCCUUUUUCUCACAUUCGUACUUUUUCAAGUCGAGUUUGUUCCAGAACGUGUUUUGGGGAAUCUGCCCCGUCGACGUUUCUCUGCAUGGCUCCACCGAUUGGGAGUUUCAUUUUGUAAAUUCAGAUAACCCAGGAACGGUGCCACAUGGUAAUGAAUCAGUCCACGUGGGUAGCACCAUGUGGGAAGAACAAACUGGACACGUUGAGCUGAACCACGUGGAAAACCAUCCUACGCGAAAAUACAACAAUGGGGAGAAACUCCAGGGUGGUGUUGAUGGUGACGGUGACGUAAACGCUUCUCCGCCACAAAACUUGUCGAGCACUUUCAAAGAAAACUAUCAAGAGUACACCAAACAUAUGAACCACAUGAAAAAGCUGGGAACAAUUUUUAACAAAUUGGAAAAAGAAAACCAAGUUAUUAAUGAAUCUUUUUCAGAGGACGAAUCACAGAAGUGCUUCCUCAUCGAUAUAUAUAAAUCGUUUAAGAGCCAUUUUAAUAUAAGCUUCUGGAAGACGAAAAAGGGGGAGCUCAAAAGGAAGGACACGUCCAGCGUGAUGGAAGAAUACACGCGCUAUAUGUCCAAGACGGAAAUACAGAAUGAAAAAAACAUGCAUCGCAGAAAUUUAUAUUCAUACAAUAUAUACAAUAAACUCACAAAUUACACCUUUCUGGAAACGCAUUUUGCCCCAUCUGUUUAUAAAUAUAUACCUAUUUAUAGCACGUUAAAAUAUUUGUACUAUUUUUUUCGUGUGUGUAAUGUGAAGAAUAAGGAAUUUCCCAAGAGAAUUUUUUUAUUGUUAAAAUUGCCCAUUCAUGCGUUAGCGCUAACGCUGUAUUGCAAAAAUUACGUCAUGCUUAAUAUUCUGAUGAGCAUAUUUCCCCACCUGUACCACAUUAUCAACUACAUUUUAAAUAUGAAUGGCACCCAUUUUUUAUAUAAAAAAAGGGAAAAAAAUUCGAAAAGGCAGAACGGUGUCAACGCAAAACAUGAACAAAGUGAAAAUGCUAAUUUUAUUUUAUCCAAUGAAGAAUUCAAUAGGAAGCUUUGCGAGUACUGUUAUGAGCAUAUUCUCCACUACAAGCGGAAAAACAUCACGCCUUUUUCAAAGAAAAUAUGCCAAAAAAUUUAUGGAAAAGAAAUCUGCCACGGGGAAGACAACUCCACUAUGUAUGACCAUUAUAUGUCAUGCGAAUGUUUGAACAAUUUAGUUUUCUUGAGGAAGAAAUUGUCUGAUUUGAGAAGAACCAUAUGA